UUUAGUGGUUGACAAUAUCGACCGUCCAAAAUCCACACCGACGGCUAUAAGAGUUUCAUUAUAAGGUAGCAAAAUAAUUCCGCAAAUAUUAAUUUUCUUGUCCACGCUAAACGACGCCGUUAAAUUUUCUUUUGGCUAACAUGAGUUCGGUGAAGAGAGAGGAACGCCGGGAAGAAGAUAACGGAAACAUAGAGAAACCGUCGACGGAAGUUGUUCGGACGGUAACGGAGGAAGAGGUGGAUGAGUUUUUCAAGAUAUUACGGAGAGUACACGUGGCGACAAGAACGGUAGCGAAAGUUAACGGCGGUGUUGUUGAACGAGAGUUACCGUCAAAGAAGAGGAAACGGACUCAGAAUCUUGGGUUGAGAAAUUCGUUGGAUAGUAACGGCGUUCGAGACGGAGAACUCGAUGGGAUUAAUCGGGUCGGGUUACAGGGUUUGGGUUUGGAUCUGAAUUGUAAACCGGAACCAGACUGCGUUAGUUUGUCGUUGUAGUCCUUUCAAGUUUUUCUCCUUCUUACAAUAAUCUAUUUUUUUUUAACUAAAAUAAAAUUUUAAAAUGGAGUAAAAGAAAAGUAUUAUAAUGUAAUCCAAUUUCAAAUUCUACAAUUUUAUAGGUACAAUGAA